GUCUGUCGGGCGCAGGAGCAGCAGCAGCAGGAGGAGGAGGAGGAGGACGAGGCCCUGCCUCGCAACUUUGCUCGCAAAUUAACCCCGCGAACUUGGCGAAGGAGCACCAGGCCUCGGCCAAUCAAGGCACACGACGAAAGGAAACGAAAAGAGCGAGUAAUCAGAGCGAAGGAAAGCAAAGGAGGACCAGCAGCAGCAGAAGGAGCAGGAGCAGGAGUAGGAGAAGGAGGAGGAGGAAAAAAAGUCAAGAACUCGUGCCUCCCUCGACAGGCUUCGCCCUCUCCCCGUUCGCUCCCCACUCUCUUCACUCCUGGAUUGUCUGUCUUCUCUCUCCCUCUCCCAUCGACGGCGUUCUUCUGCUUCUCCCGGUCGAAAAUUGCACUUUUGUGUGAGUGAGUGAGUGAGUUUGUCUGUGUGUAAAUGUGUGCGUGCGUGCAACUGACGACAGAGAGCUGCGCUUUUCCUCUUCCUUACUCCGGCUCGCUUGCCUCGACUCGCCUUGACUUUGGUGGGGCCGAUUCGAUUCGUACGUGUUAUUAGGGAUUGUGUAGUAUAGUACAGGUGCUAGGGCAGGGUUUGGAGUGAGAUUUAUGAAUCGAAGCUGUAUCGUGUGUGGGAGGAGUGGGCACAGUAGAGGUCGGAGCUUGUUUUGGAUUGGUGGGAUUUCGGUCGGGUUGACGGGAGCGGUCCGCUGAUCGAUUACGUGGCGGGAAGGCGGAGGAAGAAGAACAGUGGAUCGAUCGGGGAUUGUUAAGCAGAGCAGAGCAGCUGUAGGUGUGGAGGGAGAUCGGGGAGUUCGCUGGACUCGUUGACCGGAGGGACAAGAAGGAUGACGGUGAUGAUCAGGGAAGAGGAAGUCGGUUCGAGGAGAAUCGGUGGUGGAUCGGAGGCAGCUUGAUCCAGAGAGAGACCUGAGGCGUAGUAGGAGGAGGAGAGUAGGUGACUUUGGGAUAAUCGUGGUUUAAGCAGGACAGGAAGGAAUUUCAAAAUUUUGUUCCGAUUGUGGAAAUGAUGGGCUCGGAGGAUGACGAGGCCCAGCAGGCCAGGUUAUUCACGUCCACAGAUGCGAUGGAAAGCUUAGUGUUGGAUCAGUCGCCGCACCCGUUCCUUUCCAAUAGUGAUUACAGGAGUGCCAUGUCCGGAAGCACUGCGUUGGAUGAGUCCCAUCAUCCACUGUCUUCGCCUAGACAUGAUUCGUCUCAAAAGAGCUUCAAGGAUUCUUACAGAAAGAGUUUUCAGGAUAGCUCGAAUUCUUCAUCCUCCAGGAAAAGCUUCCGCGAAGCGGAUCUCGUGGAGCCUCCGUCGUACGCAGAUGCCAUCUUCACUCCAUACAUGGGCGAAGCUUCUUCCGUCAAUGGGAACGGCAGGGAAGUAGGCAACUCAUCUUCGUCUUCCCUUCAGUCGUUCCCAGUAUACAGCGAUACCCUAAUUAUAACAGUCACGCAGCCACAGAAGUCACAGGAGUCGGGUGGCUCUAUCGUUCCAGGGGGAAGCUCUUACGUCACCUAUCUCAUCACAACCAGGACAAACAUUCCUGAAUACCGGGGGACAGAUUUUAAUGUCCGCAGGCGAUUCAGAGACGUCGUGACCCUUGGAGAUAGGCUUGCAGAUGCAUACAGGGGAUACUUCAUUCCUCCCCGUCCCGAUAAGAGUAUCGUUGAAAGCCAGGUCAUGCAAAAAGCGGAGUUCAUCGAGCAGCGGAGAGUUGCUCUUGAGAAGUACCUCUCGAGAUUGGCAGCCCAUCCAGUUUUGAGGCGGAGCAAUGAGUUAAGGCUCUUUCUCCAGUUCCAGGGUAAGCUCCCUCUCACACCCACAACGGAUAUGGCGUCCAGGAUGCUAGAUGGUGCAGUGAAUUUGCCUCGGCAGCUUUUUGGCGAGAGCAGCACUGUGGUUCCUCCUCAAGAAGCUUCUCAGCCUGCCAAGGGAGGCCGAGAUUUAGUGAGGUUAUUCAAAGAGCUUAAGCAAUCUGUUACUAAUGAUUGGGGCGGAGUGAAGCCUGCUGUCUUUGAAGAAGACAAAGCAUUUCUAGAGAAGAAAGAGAAAUUGCAGGAUUUGGAAAAGCAGCUCGGUGAUGCGUCGCAGCAGGCCGAAAUUCUGGUCAAGGCCCAACAAGAUGUCGGUGAGGUAAUGGGUGAGCUUGGUCUGGCUUUUAUUAAAAUUGCCAAGUUUGAGACAGAGGAGAUGGGGACAAACCCGCAGAGAAUUCACGCCAAUGACGCCAAGCGUAUAGGCACAGCAGCUGUCAAGGCCAGCCGCUUCUAUCGGGAAGCUAAUGCACAAUCUGUCAAGCAUUUGGAUCAACUGCAUGAGUACUUAGGGUUGAUGCAGGCAUUGCAUGCUGCGUAUGCAGACCGUUCGAAUGCACUGCUAACUGUCCAAACGUUGAUGACAGACCUCCAAGCUAAUAAUCUAAAAGUCGAGAAACUAAAUGUGGCAGCAUCCAAGUUUUUUGGUGUUGACAAGAAUAGGAAUCGGAAAAUAGAAGAACUUAAAGAGGCUGUUAAAGUCAAUGAAGAGGCUCGGGACUGUGCGCAACAAGAGUAUGAUCGGAUCAAGGAACGAAACCGGACAGAACUUGAAAGAUUCGAGAAAGACAGGCGAAGGGACUUUCUAAAUAUGAUCCGUGGUUUUGUCAUGACUCAGGUUGGUUAUGCUGAGAAGAUAGCAAAUGUUUGGACGAAAGUUGGUGAGGAGGCUAGUAAUGGUCUUUCGGGCAAGUCCCUAGAGGCCUCCUCAUCAGGAUCAUCUACUCCUAAUUAGUUCGUCUCAUUCGUUCCGUUAGUCCUUUUUUCCAACUCAUGUGGAGGGGGUUAAAUAUGGUUCUCGAAAAUUGCAUCUAGUGCUUCAGGCUGCCACCAGAGGUGAUUGGGAGGUCUCGGAUUGAAUAAACGAAGGGAAGUAGGGAGUUUCCUAUCGUUGGGUCCUGGUAGAUAUGCAUGCCGUUUACAUGCAUGCAUUUGAGUGUUGGCUUGUUGUUGUACAUACAUCUGUAUAUUUCAUUGCCUCGGCCUCUUCAGGUUUCACCUCAUUAAACCUCUCCUCGUGGGCACUUCGAGACUCAUAGAUGACAAAGAGGGUGUUCCUCGGUCCUCCUUUCAUUGAAUCAACCUCGUAUUGGUCCAACUUCAGUUGGAGUCAUGCUUUUCUUGUCGUAAGCCCCUUUUGUUCUGAUCGUCUGCUGUAGAAGAUUCUGGGGCAUCGGGAAAACUGUAGAGCUGUCUUGGGGGGAAGGCUGUGAGACACAUUUGUGUAGAUCAAGUGCGAUAUGUCAUUGAUUGUGAUUAGGCCCUUCCUACUUAUUGCAUACAAGAUAUUGUGCCUUCAGCUUAACUUGUGUCGUGCAAAUAGAUUGUUGAGGCACAUUUGCCAUAUCUAUUUAUCAUGGCAUCAGCUUGACCUCAUUUCCUUUCACAGGAACUUUUGUGAUACAGGAAAUACAGAGCAUCGGUUGUCCAUGGUUUAGUCUAGUCUGGUCUAUUAGACUUGAAACGUUAGGGCCAUUCUUUUGAAGCAGUCCACAGUUUUGGAUAGGAGAUUUGUGGCAUCCCAACCCAGGAGAGAUUUUUUUGGAUAGAAAGUCCAUAAUCUGGCUUGAUUUUUGCUGAGCGAGAUGAUCUGAUCUACUCCCAAGGUAGGCAGGAUCAAAACAAUCGCUGUAAAAUUUUAGCCACCAUCAAUUUGUUGCUUAAAGAGAAAGUAAUCAUAAUAACCUAAGGCACAUGACGAGGUCAACUCUCGCUGUUUUGCGUCCUGUUCGCUUAGAACUUUCAACAUAUUUUCUUAAGGGGUUAUCAGUCCAAGUGAGUGGCAUUCUGAACAAGUUCAGUAAGAAGUCUAAAAAUGGAAAGAAAUGUGACAGUACGAUUAGUUAGGUAGCUCAUCGGUAAAACUAAUGUCGUAGGCAGAUGAAGCUAAGUUUCAUUGCGGAAACGAAUCAUUGUUGACAGAAUGCAACGUUGCAUUUUGCGAGAGGCUCUCUCGCAGACCGAGUGCUUGAUCCUCUAGUUUCGAAAAGGUACUAUGGCUUUUGUGCCUGGGGUUUGGCAACCCAAGUAACAUCAAAAGGUCGUGAGAAUCGAGAAGCGGGAAUGGAGAAUGUUUGGCUCGACACUGAAUUUGGCCAAGAUUGUUAAAUUACGUGACACCCAGUGUUGGACAUAGGAGACUGUUGUACGAAUGAGGAACAACGAGUAGUUUUUAAAAUGUUAAAGUUAGUAGUCACUUCCAAAGAAGAAUCUAUCCUCGG